UUUAUUUUGGUUUGUUUACUAGAAAUGCCAUGUUGGAGAGUAAAGGGCUGAAGGCUCCAACAGCUGUUAAAACUGGCACGACCAUUGCAGGCCUUAUCUACAAGGAUGGCGUUAUUCUUGGAGCUGACACACGAGCAACAGAAGGCACAAUCGUAGCCGAUAAGAACUGUACCAAGAUCCACUUCAUCGCUCCAAAUAUUUAUUGUUGUGGUGCUGGUACUGCAGCGGAUACAGAGAUGACAACACAGAUGAUCUCAUCUAACCUUGAGCUCCACCGCCUAUCCACAGGACGAGAAGGACGUGUGGUCACAGCAAACCGUAUGCUCAAACAGUUCUUAUUCAGGUACCAGGGACAUAUAGGAGCAGCCCUUGUGCUAGGAGGUGUUGAUGUGUCAGGUCCUCACCUCUACAGUAUCUAUCCGCACGGCUCUACCAACAAGCUACCCUUCGUUACCAUGGGGUCAGGUUCCUUGGCUGCUAUGUCAGUGUUCGAGGAUCGAUUCAGACCUGAUAUGGAGGAAGAGGAAGCCAAACAGCUUGUCCGUGAUGGUAUAGCUGCAGGUAUCUUCAAUGACCUUGGUUCUGGUACAAACAUUGAUCUCUGUGUAAUCAAGAAGGGCAAGGUGGACUUCCUGCGACCUUACGAUGUGGCUAACAAGAAGGGUGUCAGACAAGGGAACUACACCUAUAAGAGAGGAACGACUGGGGUCUUGAAGAAGACUGUCACCCCUCUCAAGCUUGAUGUUACUGGAACCAGGGUUGAAUCUAUGGAUACAUCAUGAUUUCCUGCUUCUUCACGCUAUGGGUGUGUUCACACUGCAUAAACGUUCUAGAAAUUUAAUUCCCUGUUACAUAUUAUACAAAAAAUACACCUCAUUGAGGACAUGAGUGAGAACUACACAUGUGAGGUACUUUUGGAACAGUUCUUCUGCACCUGAGACAGUGCCAAGGGCAUUGGGCUGUUCCAAAGGUUGUAAGUGUGGGUAAAUAUUCCAAUGCCCAAGUAAAAGCCCAAGAAGAAUUAUGCGUAUAAAAAUCAUAUAAUAAACCAUCCUCAUUUCAGAACAUGACCAGUCAUUAUACUUUUCUCAUGACCAUUCAUCACAGGUCAUUUGUAUUAUUAUAAGUAAGACCAAAUAAAUGACUGGUCCUGUGUGAGCACGCAACCAAUCAUAUCUUCAGGAUCUACUUUUGUCUUGUAGAGUUCAAUUGCGAUUGUAUGAAAUAUACAAUUGUCCACCUUGCUUGAAGUGAACAAAUACUUUGCAAAAAUGCCGGUGUUAAUUAAACACCAGCCUGGUAUCUAUAUCGGUCCACACCAGAGAGGUGUUGAAACAACACCAAUUUGGCAUUUAAGCAACACCAAUAUGUUAAACCAAUAUCGGUUUGAUUCUUUUCUGGUGUUGUUUCAACGCUUCUCUGGUGUGGACCGAUAAAGAUACAAGUCUGAUGUUAAAUUAACACUGGCGUUUUUGCAGUGUAGAAAUGUUGAAAGUAGACUAGUUGAAGAUCAUGUCGCCUUGUAUGCUUAUGAAGGUGUGCUAUGAAAAAAGUAGAUGGGAGUUUAACCAAGGCUAUACAUAGAAAUUGUUCCUUCAGUGGAAGAUUAUGUAAAAUGUUUGAAAACAUUGCAUUAUUACAAAGAUGUCUUUGGUUGAAACUGAAGCAUUGCAUGGGCAAUUUUCAUGCAUUAUGUGAAAAUUUGUGAUAAAAAAAUUAAGUUUUGAAAAUUUCUGGGGUAGGCAGUGGCCAUAGAGUACCGAAGUGUGACGUCAGUUGCAAUGGUGUCAUGGCCGGCUGGUUCUAAACAGAGUUGCACCUGACAAUCGUCUGUACACAUUUUGGCUCGUCUGAAAAAUAGGUUGCAAGCGAUCAUUCCGAUAGCAGCCAUUUUCUCCUAUGAGAAACACACGCUUUCGUUCCGGGUUCAUUUGUUUAGAACCAGGCCGCCAUGAUACCAUGGCAACUGACGUCAUCGCCUUGGUACUCUGUGGUUAAACUCCCUCUUUGAUUCAAGCUCCUAUGAAUUUAGCCUUUAAGCCUCUCAUCAAACAUAUUUGUGAAUGCUUGUUAGAAAUAACUACAGGAAUCAAAUUUCUAGGUCAUUUGUCAGCAUGUCGUCACCUAAUCUGUAUAUUAUUAAUGUGUUGUAGUUUUUUUUCAUGAUCCAAGCCGUAACAAGCGGUAGAAAGAAACCAAAUCAGAUUAAAAAAAAGAUAAUAUGAAGACGAAAGUUCACAAUUACACAAUUUGUUGAUGUUUGUGUAUAAUAUCAGAGAAUAUUGAUACAGUUAAUUAAUGCCAGUAUAUAUGAUACUGAUUAAAAAUGGAAUUUCUCUCUGUAGAUUUUUUAUAUCACUUAUUGUCUAGUCCCAACUACACAAAGAAGGAGAAAUUGUUUGUUAUUUCCAUGUUACUAAGCAUUCCUUCUUGGUCAAUAUGAUGUAAAGGAAAAGGUUUCUUCAAUAAGAUAUUAGAUUAUCUGUAAUAUUGAGUCUGGCUUCUUUAUUGUUUGUACAUUUACAUGUAUUUCUAAUGCUACGUGACAUGGAUAAAUUUUGAAACACAUAUUUGGUCUAUCAAGUCAUGUUCUAAGAUACUGUAAAACAGAAAGUUGAACAUUUGUGAAACUGUUUAAAUGGAAUCAUUGUUUUCAUUUUCAGAUCUUUCAGUGACAUUUUAAUUUACUCAUUUGGCUGUCUUUGAUAAUAAUAAUGAUGGUACAUUUAAACAGCGCUUCAUACAUUGGUUUCUAAGCGCUUUAUAGUGUAAGUAUUAUUACCCUGGUCAUAGGAUCCAUCACUGUUCCACACAUAAAGUGCAUCAUCUCCACUCCCUGGGGAGUAUCCUGGCCAGGCAACCGUUUAUCGGUGCACACAUGUCAAUCUAAUCACAUUGACGUUCAUAUCCUACCAGGUACCCAUUUAACGCCUGGGUGGAGAGGAUUUGUUUUCAUGUCAAAAGAGGAUGUCUCUCCCUGCACUUUGCAUACUUUGCAAAGUUAGUCUAUAUAUGGGAUUCCAGAUAAAGUAACACCAACAAUACCAACUUCAAAUCAACCAAUGAUAUGCCAUUUUGAAUAAUUUUAUAAACUUGGCCGGUCUGGAGUCUGUUCAAUUUGUGUUACUGUUCUAUCACCCACAGAUCAUAUGUUAGUUUUUUACAUUACCAGUAGAUAGUCCAUUAACUGAUAGAAACUAAUUCUAAUUAAACAUGAUGAAAGAGACAAUUAUUUCCCUGAUUGUAGAUUCUUUAGGAUUUUCAGGAAUGGUAAAGCCUCGUAUUUACAAUCAUAUUAUAAUUUGUUGUAUCAUCCAUAUGUUUUCUCCUAUGCCUUCAAAAUUGCGGUAAUCUUGACAUGGGAAAUAAGAAUGUGACAAAUGUGUGUCACAGAUAUCUCACAGUUAUACAUGUAUUCCUGGAAAUGUAAUUAAUAAAAUUUGUGUCAGAAGUGA